ACGUGAUGUGAGAUACAGUUAUUUCUAUAUUAAUUUUGUGUUUUUUUAAUCGGCGAUAUAAACCAUAAUUAUUCAUAUAAUUAUGGCGAUUACGAAAGAGGAAAAGGAAAAACAAUCAGUUCCAAGUACAAAUACCGAUGAAGAGUUCGCAAAUUUGGAUCUUUAUCCGGAAAGGAGAGGACAGAAAUCCCGUAGUUGGUUUAAUAAAUUGUUACGCGUAGACGAACGAGAAGUAUUGUCCAGGCUCAAGUGCGAAUCAGCUGUUUACAAGUGUGUGACAGAGAGUCCUCUUGUUAAACUUAUGAUGGCAGCAUUAAAGAGUGCAGGAUGUGAAAUUGAUAUUCGUCGACAUAUUUCGUGCGAACUGUGUGACACGUCGGUGACAGGUGGAUACGAUCCAGUACUAAAUCAGAUCGUCGUUUGUCAAAAUAAUUCUAAAGGGAUAGUUCAAGGUGUUUUGAGCCACGAAAUGGUCCAUAUGUUCGAUGCUUGCUGUAAUAAUUUCGAUUUCACCAAUCUAGAGCACUUGGCUUGCUCAGAGAUAAGGGCAGCAAAUUUGAUGCAUUGCAGUUUUCUUAGUGCUUGGACACAGGGAGUUGCUUCGUUCUUUAAUUUUAAAGAAGCACACCAGAUUUGUGUUAAGAAGAAGGCUUUAGAUUCGAUACUUGCUGUACGAAAAGUUACCGAGGAUGAAGCACGAGCAGCGGUGAUGAAAGUUUUUGAUAGAUGUUAUAAUGAUUUAGAACCUGUCGGAAGACGUCUUCGUAGAAAUUCGCUGGACAUGGACAGAGCGUAUUUAGAAGGGCCAUUAUAUGGAUAUUCAGAUUAAGAUAAUUUGCAAUAGUGUUUUCAGUUCUCAAUAGCGUUCUAGUUUAAAAUAAACAGUAAUGUGUUCAAUUAUAAUACUUCGCGGAUUAAUCGCACAUUUUUAUACAGAAAAUUUUUAUUAUCUUGUCACAUCAUACGACGAUGCAUCAUAGAAUUAUAGUACAUACUACAUACACUGUAUUA